AUGAAUCUAGCCCUCAUUGACCCGUUUGCACUUGCGCAGGACUAUCCCGACAUCCUGACGGGAACUCUCAGGAGUGGCCAUGCAGCCUGUCUGCGCUUCAAUCGCAAGGGAGACUUUCUUGCCUCUGGAAGGGUCGACGGUACGAUCGUGAUAUUCGAUGUCGAAACGAACGGGGUUGCACGGAAGUUGCGUGGACAUAGCAAACAAAUUCAGUCGUUAAGUUGGUCACGGGAUGGACGAUAUCUCUUGAGCUCGUCUCAGGACUGGAAAUGUGUGCUGUGGGAUAUGAAAGAUGGUUCGCGGAUACGAACAGUACGAUUUGAGGCGCCUGUCUACAUUGCAGAGCUGCAUCCUUUCAACCACUGGCUAUUCGUUGCCUCAUUAUUCGAAGAUCAACCUGUUCUUGUCGACGUAUCCUCUCCCCGUCCCAUAAAACGCAUCCUACCCUCGGCCCCGCUUCGACCACAACCGGAGAAUGGAGAAGAAAUCGACCCUGCGGUUGCGGCUAAGCAGGCCGCACAGGAUGCGAAACACUCGACCUGUGUCACCAUUUUCACCGCAUUAGGCAAUCAUAUCCUAGCCGGGACAUCCAAAGGCUGGAUCAACAUAAUCGAAACGCAGACCUGCAAAACAAUUCAUUCCACUCGUCUAUGCAACGGAGUUAUAAUACUCCUGCGGCUUGCAAGCAACGGACGGGAUUUACUCGCAAACAGCUCAGACCGAGUUAUACGAACCAUUCUGAUGCCAGACCUCUCACAACUCGGCAUCAACCUCGAACCAUCCAAUAUCAAGCUCGAUAUAGAACACAAAUUCCAAGACGUUGUGAACAGACUGAGCUGGAAUCAUGUUGCCUUCUCCGCAACAGGCGAGUUUGUAACCGCGUCUACAUUCAUGAAUCAUGACAUCUAUGUCUGGGAACGCAGCCACGGCUCCCUCGUCAAGAUUCUCGAGGGCCCUAAGGAAGAGCUGGGGGUGGUUGAGUGGCACUCGAACAAAGCAAUGGUAGCCGCCUGUGGAUUAGAGUCCGGAUGCAUAUAUAUGUGGUCAAUUGUCACGCCGCAGAAAUGGUCUGCGCUGGCACCUGACUUCCAGGAAGUCGAAGAGAACGUGGAGUAUGUCGAGAGGGAGGAUGAGUACGAUAUUCAUCCUGCCGAGCAGGUCCAUCAACGUCGACUGGACCUGGAGGACGAGACGCCGGACGUGCUCACUAUCGAGCCAGUGAAGGGGGAAACCGGCGAAGAUGGGCUCGAGGCGUUCUGUAUGCCAGUUCUCCUGGAUAUAUCAGAUAGCGAAAGCGAAGAGGAUAUUAUAGCCGUUGGGCCAGGAACGAUGAGGAGACGCAGCCCGGCCUCAGGACGCGAAUGGAUGAAUAACAGCAGUAACAACGCUACCGCUUCUUCCGCCGCUGGUGGCGACAACGUUUACGACUCUGAUGGCCGCAAGCAAGGCAUGGUGUCGAACGGAGUCGGAAGAGCGCAAAAUAAAGGCCGCCGGAGGUAA